AUCAUUUCGCCGUUUGCCGUCUCUCUCUCUCUCUCUCUCUCUCUCAUUUUCUCUCUCUAGAUUCUCGCGUUGUGCGCGCUCUCUCUCUCUCCGUCUAGUAGAUCGGAAGACGGCUCGGGAUUUCAAUCCGGUUGCGAUCUGUGGCGGGGAUCGGGUUGGAGUGGGCUGGCGAAGCUGGAGGCUCGCGUUUGAUUGGGGUUUCUGUCGCCGGAGGAUUGAUGGUACGCGGUGGAGGUGAAAAGGGGACUGAUACGGCGAAAUUAGGGCAAAAUGCAAGGCUAUACAUGGAAGAGAAGGUGAGAACACCAGAAAAUAGAGCUGUGGUCGGCACAUGUGGCCAGUCCCCACGCAUGUAGCUUCUCCUGCGCCUGAAGCCGAUGGUUCGUCGUCCUCUUCACCUCAAUUCUUUUGCAAGGUUUUUGUUUUUGGAUAGAUGGCUUUUCUUUCAACUCAAAUGUACGUCCUGCUUGUGGCACGGUGAUAUACUAAACUGGGGACGGCCGUAAGCUAACUGUUGGUGACUGUGCGCUUUUCAAACCAUCACAAGAUUCAUCUCCAUUUAUUGGUAUAAUUCGCCGGAUAACUGUCAGCAAAGAGGACAAUUUAAACUUGGAUGUGACUUGGUUCUAUCGACCUGCUGAUAUAAAGCUCGGUAAAGGCAUCAUUCUUGAGGCCGCGCCAAACGAAAUCUUCUACUCUUUUCAUAGGGAUGAAACUCCUGCUGCCUCUUUGCUGCACCCGUGUAAAGUCGCAUUUCUUCCAAAAGGUGUUGAACUUCCAUCAGGGGUCUCUUCUUACGUGUGCCGUCGAGUUUAUGACAUUACAAACAAGCGUCUAUGGUGGCUAACUGACCGGGAUUAUAUUAAUGAACGACAAGAAGAAGUUGAUCAACUGUUAAAUAAGACAAGAAUAGAGAUGCAUGCACCAGUACAGGCCGGUGGUCGGUCUCCCAAACCAGUGAAUGGUCCAGCAUCAACCUCUCAAAUAAAACCCGGUUCUGAUUGUGUACAUAGUACCUCUUCCUUUCCUUCUCAAAAUAAAGGGAAGAAAAGAGACUGUGGAGAUCAGGGCUCUGAGCCUGUUAAACGGGAACGUUCUUCAAGGUUUGAGGAUGGGGAUCCAGGUUAUGCUAGAUCAGAGAACCCUUUGAAGUCUAAGAUUGCAAAGAUAACAGAAAAAGGAGGGCUUGUAGAUUCAGAAGGAGUUGAUAAAAUAGUGCAACUCAUGAUGCCAGAGAGAAAUGAUAAAAGGGUAGAGUUGGCUAGCAGAUCAUUGCUUGCAGGUGUGAUUGCAGCCACAGAAAAGUUUGACUGCCUCAGUCGGUUUGUACAGUUGAGAGGCUUGCCGGUGUUGGAUGAGUGGCUCCAGGAGGCUCACAGAGGGAAGAUUGGUGAAGGUGGUGGCAUCAGGGCAAGCGAUAAGGCCAUCGAGGAGUUUCUGCUGGUCUUGUUACGCGCCCUUGAUAAAUUGCCUGUAAAUCUUCAAUCCUUACAAAUGUGCAACAUAGGAAAGUCUGUGAAUCAUUUACGGACACAUAAAAACUUGGAAAUUCAGAAAAAGGCCAGAAGUCUUGUUGAUACAUGGAAAAAGCGCGUGGAAGCUGAAAUGAGCAUGAAUGAUGCCCGGUCCGCUUCAAAUCAGGCCGUUCCUUGGUCUGGAAAGUCCCGUGUUUCAGAGGUCUCUCAUGCUAGGGGCAGACACUCUGGUGGAACCACUGAGACAACACCAGAAAGUUCUACCUCUCAGAUUUCUGCAUCUAAAACUGCUUCAGGAAAGCCUGUACAGGGUGAAACUGCCGAGUCCGCUGCUGCAUCUCCUGGGGCAGUGAAAUCAGUUCCAUCUCCUGGAUCAUUGGGUGCAAAUCUGAGAGACAGUCAUCCUCGAAAUGCUGGUGUCAGUAGCUCUGAUCUUACUUUAACCGCAUCAAGGGAUGAGAAAAGCACUAGUUCAAGUCAGUCUCACAACAACAGUCAAUCCUGUUCCAGUGACCAUGCCAAAACUCGGGGGAUCUUAGGAAAGGAUGAUGCAGGAAGCUCAACUGCCGUUUCUAAUAAGAUUUCAGGUGGUUCGACACGGCAAAGGAAAUCAAUCAAUGGCAUCCAUAAACAAUCAGGCUCAAGCAGGAAUGCUACCUUGCACAAAAGUGAAAAAGUACCUCAGUCGGGAUUGCCAUGUGAAAAGGCAGUUGAUGCACCUGCUGAGGUAAGCGGUCAAAAAUUAAUUGUUAAAAUUCCCAAUAGGGGCCAUUGUCCUGUACACAAUGCCAGUGGAGGACUCUUUGAAGACCACUCAAUAAUGAAUAGCAGAGCUUCCUCUCCUGUGACCCCGGAGAUGAGUAAUCAGUGUGACCGUAAUACGAAGGAGAAGACUGAAGCUUGUGGAGCUAAUAUUUCAUCUGGCGUGAACACAGAAUCAUGGCAGAGCAAUGAUUUGAUACACAUGCCUCCCGGAUCCGAUGUGGGCGAUGGGUCACUAGGUGUCGUUCCUGAUGAACUCGGAUCUGGUGAAGACACAAAAAGAAGUGCAGUGGCCGCACAAGAUGUAUCCUCGCCUCCUCUGAAUGAACUUAACUCAGAGAAAUUGCACGAGGCUUCUCUGAGUUCGAUUAAUGCUUUGAUUGACAGUUGUGUCAAGUUAUCUGAAACGCUGAGGGAUGAUGGGGGAAUGAAUCUCCUUGCAAGUGUUGCUGCAGGAGAAAUUUUGAGCUCUGAUUGGGUUCCACGUACAGAUUUUCCUCCUGGAAACACGUCUGCAGCUGGGCAUUCUAGUGCAGGCGAGGUGUCUUUGGUGAAAUCAUCCCCUCAUGACGGCUAUCAAGAUAGGUCUAAAUCUUCUGAUAAUCUCAUUCGUUACCUUGAGAAGGCAGGCCCUGAUGGUGGCAUUGCCAAGAAAGAUGGCGAUGAGCACCCGAAUGGUAGUUGCAGAGAGCUUCAACAAAUUUCAGAGCAGUUCAAUGGGACCAAACUGAGUACCAUUGGCGCAGAUAAUAUAAUUGAAGAUGCAAAAGUAAGGAAAGCAGUUCCUGAAGCAUAUUCUAAAGUAGAUAAAGAGGACAAAACUGACACCAGUGAAGUGUCAGGUGGUGGUGAUUUGACACAUCAGAAUCCCACUCCCUUGAUGUUCUCCAGAGAGACUACUGAGAAGGAUUUUGUAGUGGAGACUGUUGCAGCAAAGAGUGAAAAGCCUGAUGAGGUGGGCCGGAACCGUUUUAAUCAGGUCAAGCAGGAGACUAAUGCUUCCAAAUCUCCAGGAUUUCAAGCUGAAGCUGGUUCAGACACGAUUUCCCAUAACCGAGGAGAAAUCAAGGAGAAUGAUGAGAGCAAGGGAGUUUGUGAGGAUCAUGUAGCAAGUGCAAAGUCUGAGAGAUGCAAAUUUACAGGCAGUGAAGCAGAUGAAUGCGUCUCCAAUGCUGCCACCAAUACUUCACUCUCUGCUGCAGGAAGUUCAAGUAGAAAUGUGAAAGUUAAGUUUGAUCUCAAUGAAGGGAUCAAUGCCGAUGAUGCAAAAUGUGGUGAUGCAACAAAUUUAGCAGAACCUUGUUUUCCUGCAGCUGUGCCACUAUCUGAUUCAUUGGUUUAUCCAGCCAUUCCUGCAUCAGUAACUGUGACUGCUGCUGUCAAGGGCCCCUUUGUUCCACCUAACGAUCUUCUGAGGAUUAAAGGUGAACUUGGUUGGAAAGGUUCCGCAGCCACGAGUGCAUUUCGACCAGCUGAGUCUAAUAGGAAGGCUCUUGAGAUGCCACUAGACCCUAUGGAUAGCUCUCAUCCUCCUGAUGCUAGUACUUUAGGCAAACAGAAUCGAGCACCUUUAGAUUUUGACCUAAAUGUAGCUGAUGAAGGAAUUCUUGAUGAUGUGGCUCCUCAAGACUCUGCUCUGGAGGUGGACACACUACUUAGUAGUAGAAGCAGUUGCAUAAAUGGUGGUGUGACUGCUUCUGCAUCUACUCGGUCGGGAGGACUUGCUCUCGAUUUAAAUCAGGUUGGUGAAGCUGCUGAGAUUGGGAGUAGUUCAAUAGCAAAUGGGCAUUGGCCAGAUGUCAUGGUUGGUCCAGCAAAAUCAUCAGGCAGUCUUCUACAACGUGAAGGGGUUGGUGUUCGCAGAGACUUUGAUUUGAAUGAUGGGCCUGCUGUUGAUGAUGCCUCUGCAGAGCCAUUGACAUCUAGUCAGCAUGUAAGAAGCAGCAUGUGUCCUCAACAAUCUACUCCUGGGCUUAGGAUGAAUACUGAUCCAGGAAACUUGUCAACCUGGUAUUCCCCUGCUGGCACAUAUUCUGCAAUGGCUGUUCCAUCUGUCCUGUCUAGCAUUGCGACCGGUGGGCCUCCAAGGAUGGUGGGUCCAUCUAGUUUCAGUCCUGAUGUCUUCCAAAGGCCAGUUUUGCCUUCUCCAGCUGUGCCCUUUGCGUCUACAUUUCAAUACCCUGUCUUUCCAUUUGGAGCAAGCUUUCCUUUGCCAUCAGUGACUCCUUCAGGGAGUUCGACAAUGUACAUGGAUCCAUUAUCUGGUGGCAGGCUCAGCUACCCUCCUACUAAUUCACAUAUGCUUGGACCAGCUGGUGCUGUCUCAAACCAUUAUCCUCGGCCUCAUGUUGUUAGACUUGAUAGUAGCAAUAAUGGUGGUUUUGACAGAAAAUGGGGCAGGCAAGGUCUGGAUCUUAAUGCCGGCCCUGGAGGUCUCGAUCUAGAAGCUAAGGAUGAAUUCUCGCUUCUUGUACCUGGGCAAAUAUCUGCUUUCAGUUCACAGCCUAUAGGAAGGAGCAAUUAAGAUUGUUCCUGGUAUCUGUAGGAUCUUGUAGAGAGAGAGCCAGAGGAAGGUUGGGAUUGGUCAUAAUGGCAGGACUCGUCCAUGGCAAGAUGCAUCUUCUUAGGCUGGAUUGUCAUAAUCUGAUUCUCGCCCUUGUGCGUGGAUAAUGGAUGGUGACUGAGCUGUAUUGAGGCCUUUUAAUGUCUCGAAUCCCCCCAAAUUUUUGUGGUGAGUUCUUGCUGUGAGGAGAUUGUGUGUGUGAUCUCAAUGAAUACUGUGUGUUUGGUAUAGGAUGGUUGGAGAUCACUUUCUUCUUUUGUAGAUGUUAAAAAUGUUGCUAAGAACCUGGCUUUGCUGCCCCUGGUUAAGGUUCACUGGCAACUUCAACUAUCAGUUGACUCAAACCAGUGGGGGGCUUUGUCCAGCUUUUGACGGUGGAAACCUAGGUUUGAGCUUGUAGCGUUUGCUCUUUUCCUGAUGCUGCUCUUCACUUAAUGAUUUGCAGUUUAUUUCUACAAAUUACAUUAUAUAUGAGCAGUGUUCCCGAAGUCUCUUGGUAUAUUUUGAUGAUAUAGUUCUGGUCUAUCUUUGCUUAA